AUGACACGACGGUCUGCGAAUGCAUCAACGUCCUCUGCGUCCAUUGCCAGAUUGGUGAUGAACCACAGUGUGGCAAUAUUCUUAUGCUUGGGUGCUUUCUGGGGUUUCUGGCUCAUGUACCUGCCCGUGCCAGAUGGGAUUCCGGAAGGUCCACACGAUUUCAUCACCACGGCGACUCGAUCCUCAGCGACCAAACCAGCAAUUCCAAGGAGUGCGGCAUCCGACGUACAACAGAAGAAAAAGACGCAUACGACAACAAAGUCAGCUCCCUUCUUGAAACCCUUUCAAGAAGUAAUAGAACGAGCCCAGAAAAACCAAAAACAUUGUGGCCAGGUCAUUCCCGACGAUGGGAUUCCGGAACCAACCCAGGACGUGAUUGCCAUUGCCAACAUGACCACGGCGCGGCUCCCCGGAUUUGGAGUCAUUGAUGCCUUGCAACAGUGGCAGCAAGAUCCACAACCACCCAACCAUUUAGCGAAUGGAGCCACUAAUACGCAAUGUCAAAUACCCCCGGAAAACGAGUGCUCCGAAUCUCAGUUUUCGGUGAUUUUCAUGGCGUACAAUCCUGAUCGACUUGCCAAAUUUCUACGACAAAUCAAGUCCAUGCUCGAUCGCAAAGAUCCGUUUGCACGUAUCAUUCGGGAGAUUAUUCUCGUCUGGAAUGGACCACGCGAGAUUUCCGAAUCUCCAGAAGGACAAAAAUUACUCGAGUUUGUCCAACAAGAGGCAGACCGAUUGAGAGUGGUAUACCCACUCAAGGAGGGACUUCCCAAUGAUCUCAUGAAUCGAUAUCAUCCGGAUAUUGUCAAAGUCAAAACCAAAGGUAUCCUCUACUAUGACGAUGACGGACCCUUUUAUUCCUAUGAAGCCGUCUUGGGUGGAUUCGAACUGUGGAAACGAAACAGCAACGCCCAGAUUGGAGCCAUGGCGCGAACCAUUGACUUGGGACCUCGUCAACAGGCCGAAAAGAAACAUAUUCUGGGGUCGGACCGUCUCAAUGAUAGGGCAUUUGUGUCGCACUGCAAACCCGAUGAUGUCGAAUACAACUUUCGAUACUUUGCCAACUUUGAGGCCAACAUGGUAUUACCCAGUGGCAGUUUUCUGCAUUCCAAUUAUCUGUGUUUUCUCUGGCAUCCUGCCUUUGAACCCAUACGAGACUAUGUGAAAGCUCAUCCCGUUCAUCCCGAUGAUAUUACCGUUUCCAUGAUGGUAUCGCAGUUGGCGGGACGAGCUCCCAAGGUCUAUUCCCGGCGGAUCAAUAUGGAAACAAAGGAGGCGCAGAUGCAAGAAGCAGCGCGGUUGAGAAAAGCAGAACAGCGACGACGAUUGCUGUUCAACAUUAAUUGGGACAAGAAUCACAACAUGGACGACGAUAAGGAAAAGUGGGCACAGUUGCGAUCGGGUGCGAUCAAUUCGUUGGUGCGGUACUUUGGCAGCAUGAACUCGGGGAGUACAGGCUGGUGUUUGGGUACGGAAUACCACAAAAAAGACAAGAAUGGCGACGACAUGUGUUUUCCCGACAUGGCCCGGUUUGGCAAACUCCCAUGGCUCAAUAUUGACCAUACACAAAAAGAAACCUGUCCGUAG